AAUAAAACGCUUUUAAAGCUUCGCACAAGCCGUUAAAGAUAUUAGUUUUCACCAAUUCCGUAACCAUGGUAACAGGGAGCUAGCCUCUAACUGCCUUUAAAACACAGGACCCCCGGCUUACUGGCAGCAUUAGCUAUAUUUAAGGGCGAGUCAAAGUGAACAGCUACAGUGCGGUUGUAACUUGUGUCAUAGUCACAACUUUCUAAUCAACUGUCUGACUUUUCACAUUGAAGAAGUUGGCCAGAACACAGCAUUUGCUCUCGGCUCUGACAACCAUCUGCCAGCUGGGGGAAGCUGUCACGGAUGUCUGAUAAGAAAGGAAGCGAUUCUUUGAACACUGAUGGGGGUGGACCUCUAAAAGUCUCCUACAUUUUUCCAAACGGAGACAGAUAUGAGGGAGAGUGCAGCAGAUCUGCAUGUGGAGCACUGGUGAGGAGCGGUGCUGGUAAACACACCUCAGCAAGUGGCAUCACAUACACUGGAGAGUGGCAUGAGGACAAAAUGCAUGGUAGAGGGACCAUGCAGUAUCCCUCUGGAGCACAAUAUGAAGGAGAAUUCAAAGACAACAUGUACAACGGCACAGGAACAUACACCUUCCCAGAUGGUUCUAUGUGUAAAAGUCACUUUAGCAAUAACAGGUUGGAGGGAGAUGGGGCCUUCAUUAGCGCACAGGGACUGGUCUGGACGGGGGAGUUCCACGGCAAAGCAGCGCUUGGACUCAAAUUGCAACACAAUCUUUAGGCAAAACAAAUACCACACUUUGGCACCAUAUAACUAUAACAUUAAAAUGUA